AUGGAUCCACAGCUGCAAGAAAUGUGCCUGUCCCCAAAGUUCAGUGUUCAGCUCUCGAGAGUAAAAGUGGAACCGCCUGACGCUGCAUGUCUACACGAACAGGGCCAGAUACAGGAACAGCACUGGAGCGAGUCUCCGUCAAGAAGUGAUAGUCACGGAGUGACAGUUGACGUGCGUCGCAUCAAAGAAGAGCCUCGAGAGGAAUCUUCAAACAAACAUCCAAUCAUGGCAGUCAAGACGGAGCCUUACAACGUUGCUGUCGUGGCAGAACAGGACCAAAUGGGACACAACUGUGAGUCAAAAUCAGAAGGAAUGACAGCUGUGACGUGCGACAUUAAAGAAGAACCUCGAGAGGACUCUUCGAGUGACCAUCCAAUCGUGGAAGUCAAGACGGAGCCUUAUGACGUUGCAGUCUUGACUGGACAGGACCAAAUGGGACACAACUGUCAAUCAACACCAGAAGGAGCAAGAAAAAUCGCUGGUUUGCUCCACGUAAAAGACCAGCCCGGAGGCACUUGCGAUCGGAAAUCUUCAGGAGGUACUUCUUCAAAGGCACAGUUGAAGACCAGCGCAACGACCGUUGAGCCACAGCUGGACAAUGCUCUACUGGUCACUACGAACGGUCGGCCCACAGAGCGACUUUCAGACUGGAGCAAGCCACGUGCACUUGCACACACAUCGAAAGACAGCCUGGAACACCACGUGUCCGCACAGUGUCACAGUGAAACUGAAAUGUGUCCCGUUCCUUCUCCACCGGAUGUUGAGAUGGGAGAGGAGGGUUUUACGUGCGGCGUCUGUCCCUCUGCAUUCUCGCGACCUGGGAGCGACGAGAGUCACGUGUCAAAGUGUACUGACGAGAAGUCACGCGAGUCUGAUCUCUGUUCCGCACAGUUCCUCCAGAACGCGAGCCUGUGCUGUCACAGGCGAACACCUAUAGGCGAGAAGCCGUACAAGCGGGGCCCCUGCCCUGUGCACGCAAGCCAGAUUGCGCACCUGCAGCUUCACAAGCAAGCACGCAAGGGCAAAAAGCCAUGCAAGUGUGAUGCCUGCCUUGUAGAUUUCAGCCAGGACUGUCACCUACAGUGCCACAAGCAGACACAUGCAAACGAGAAGCCAUACAAGUGCAAUAUGUGCCCUGCGGAGUUUAGCAAGAGGUGGAACCUACAGCGGCACAAGCGAACACACACGGGCGCGAAAUCAUACAAGUGCGAUGUCUGCCCUGCAAAGUUCAGUCAUAAAGCACACCUACAAAAGCACAAGCGGACACACACAGGCGAGAGGCCAUACAAGUGCAAUGUCUGCUCUGCGGAGUUCAGCAAGAGCGGGAGCCUACAGCAACACAAGCGGACACACACUUGCGAGAAGCCAUACAAGUGCGAUGCCUGCCCUGCGGAGUUCAGUCAGAGUGGUCAUCUACAGUGUCAUAAGCGAAGACACACGGGCGAGAAGCCAUACAAGUGUGAUGUCUGCACUGCAGAGUUCAGUCAGACUGGUAACCUACGUCAACACAAGCAGACACACACAGGCGAGAAGCCAUUCAAGUGCAAUAUAUGCCCUGCGGAGUUCAGCAAGGUCGGGAACCUACAGCAGCACAAGCGAAUACACACGGGUGAGAAGCCAUACAAGUGCGAUGUCUGCUCUGCGGAGUUCAGCCAGAGUGGGACCCUACAGCAGCACAAGCGAACACACACGGGCGAGAAGCCAUACAAGUGCGAUGUCUGCCCUGCUGAGUUCAUCCAGAGUGGGAACCUAAAGAAGCACAAGCGAACACACACGGGCGAGAAGCCAUACAAGUGUGAUGUCUGCCCUGCAGAGUUCACCCAGAGUGGGACCCUACAGGAUCACAAACGCACACACACUGGUAAAAAACCAUACAAGUGCGACUUCUGCGCUGAGGAGUUCAGAGCGCACCUACAAAAGCACAAGCGGACACACACGGGUGAGAGGCCAUACAAGUGCAGUGUCUGCCCUGCGGAGUUCAGCAAGAGCGGGAGCCUACAGCGACACAAGCGGACACACACGGGCCAGAAGCCAUACAAGUGCGCUGUCUGCCCUGCAGAAUUCACUCAGAGUGGUCAUCUACUUUGUCAUAAGCGAACGCAUACAGGCGAAAAGCCAUACAAGUGUGAUGUCUGCUCUGCGGAGUUCAGCCAGAGUGGGACCCUACAGGAUCACAAACGCAUACACACUGGCGAAAAGCCAUACAAGUGCGAUGUCUGCCCUGCAGUGUUCAGUCAAAGACGGAACCUACAAAAGCACAAGCGGACACACGUGGGCAAGAAGCCAUCCAAGUGCGACGUCUGA